AUGAAAGCUGUUAUUUCACAAAGACUGGGUUUCGAAAGACCGGAUGAUGAAAUCUCAAGUCUAGAUACCACAUCGUCAAUCCAGACUCAUUCAGAGGUCGCAAGUACCCAUAACCAAGAAGUUAAACCUGAAGAGUCACCCAGAGCUUCUGAACAACCUAAUAGUUUGUGUACCGAUUCAAAUAAAAUAAAAAUACAAACAAGUCCAACCAAGUGUUUGGAGAUCCUUGAUGAACCGAUUACUCCUAGUAGUUCCGCUCUUGUAAGCGAUUCAGAAACACUAGCUUCUCCACACUUUACUCAGAGCCUUAAUUCAAGUCCUACUUUAACUUUAGCCCAAAUUGUCUCAGCAAGCCAUAACGAAGUGCAUUGA